UUUUUCUGUUUCUUCCUUCCUUCCUUCCUUUUUUUUUAACCCUGGAGGCUCUGAUGUGAAAGGUACCCCGUGACGUCAGUGUCCCGUUGAAUGAACCAAAACAUGGCGGCUGCCAUGGAGCUGAGAUGCUGGGGAGGAGACUGGGGUUUGCCUUCUGUUCACACCGAGUCCCUCAUAGUUCUGGCAUACACCAAGUUUUCUGGGGCAGAAGUCGCAGUUUCUCCAAUAGACUGGACAUGGAAAACAAUUACAGUGACUGUCCCAGAAUUGGUUUGUGGCGACACUGCAGUUCAAGAACCAACACAAAUUCUUAACUUUCUGAGGAAACAAAGGUUUAAUGCAGACUAUGAGCUGACAGCCAGACAAGGAGCAGACACGAUGGCCUACAUCGCUCUGCUGGAGGAGAAGCUGCGACCAGCUCUGCUGCACACGUUCUGGGUCGAUGCAGAAAAUUACUCCAAUCUAACACGGCCCUGGUUCGCCUCACGCUCGCCGUUCCCGCUGAAUUUUUUCGUACCAGGACGUCUCGCCAGCGGCGCCCUCUCCCGCAUCCUUCUAACCACAGGAGAGGCGCCGCUGCACAGAAUCUCUGAGGUGGAGGGAAAGAUCUACAGUGAUGCUAAAGAGUGCCUGAACUUGCUCUCCUACAGACUGGGAACAGCUAACUUCUUCUUUGGCAACUCGCCGACCAGUCUGGAUGCCUUUGCGUUUGGUUUCCUGGCUCCCCUUCAUAAAGCCAGUCUUCCCAGCAGCCCUCUGCAGAGCCAUCUCAGACAGCUGGAUAACCUUACAGGCUUCUGUGACAACAUCCUCGCAGUCUACUUCAGCUCGGACCACUUUUGUAAGAUUGCUGCACAAGCUGGUCCUCUCCCACCUGUUCAGGAAACAAUGGAUGCCAACCUCCAGAAACUAACUCAGCUUGUAAACAAAGAGUCCAAUCUGAUAGAAAAGAUGGAUGACAACCUGCGCAGCAGCCCACAGCACAAACCCCACAGACCAGAGCCCAAACCCAGUCUGUCCAGUGCAAAAAGCUCUACUCCUGCCUAACACCUGACCUUUAAAUCCUGCUCCAUCUCUAUGAAUCGCAGAGCAGCGCCCUGCACACAUAAGAUGCUGUUCAGAACAUGACUCUAAAAAACAAACAAACAAAAAAUGAAUGGAAGCAUAACUAUAUAAAUACAAGAGGCUAUUUUAAGAUAACGAUGAGAGAUUUUGUUUGGAAGAGAAGUGACAGUGCAUGUGAGGCUUUAAAAAAGAAAAAAAGCGUGCAUGUAUGUGGUCAGCGAUGGAUUGCUGUGAAGUGGUGCUUGAUGAGAAAGACACAGAAAGUUCAAAGAAAAAGUUCAGCAGGGAAAAUCAGCAGCACAGUUUAACCUCUGAAUGUGGACCACUCGGCAGAUUUUCUUUUAACCUUUUCACUCUUUUUUUUCUUUCGUUUAAAGGACACCUUCGAGACCUUGGUCACUACAGUAGAGCACUUUUAAGCUAGAGCACUUAACAUGUUUUACCACCAAGGAUCUAUUUUAAGUACCUUCCUCGUGUCCACUUUAAAAUGUUCCAUAAAUUCUGUUCACAUUUGAAUGGGUGUAAUGUACAGUAUGUGCGCGGACAUGACUAUAAGAGUAACUAAUUUAACUUAUUUAACUUUGUUUCAGCUCCUCUGCUGUGUACAGAGUGUACAGUUGUAAAUAUUGUUAUGAGGAUAAUUGACUUCCUGUUUCCUCUAAAAAGGAGCAGCUUGUUCAAAAUGUUGUUGCUAGACACAUGAAGGUGAGAGAAGGGCCAUCCAUGCAUUAUAUUUGUGUGUGACCCGAGGAUCAUGUUUUUUUUGUUCACGAUGUCAUGUGGCUGUAAGAAAAUACUCACGUCUGCUGUUGCUUUCGUUUUCUUUUUUCCCGCUACCAUUUUCGCUCAGUUUUGUUUCAAUUUUGUGCUGCUAUAAUUUCCUGUGCCACAGACUGAAAGGGUUGGAAAUGUCUCAUUAGUUAUCUUGGUUUGUUUGUUUUUUUUUAACACUAUAAUUUGGACCACAAAGUUAGAAAUUCCCUCGAUAAAGUGUUUGUACUCCGUGUGAUUCCUUUAUAUGAUUUCUCUUCACUUCAGACCUUCAAAAACUCACUUCAUGGCUGCAUGCCCUUGAAAGCACCGUGCUCUGAAACAGAUGUGCUGGGGGGGGAGGAUGCUGGUCAGCCGUCUUGUAAGGACCAUAAGGGAAAAGUGUGCCUUCAUGACUUCUCGUGUCUUGUACAAGUGUCAACAUGCUAACUGUGUCCUUCAUCAUUUUGAUACAUAUAUCCAAAAUUAUAUUUGUAAUUUCUGUUGCUCACAAUCUGUAAGUGUCUAUUAAAUUACAUAUAUGAUAAAAACGGUUUCUGGCUUUCCCCCCCAGUAUUGUUGAAUAUUGUGGCGUGAUUGAACAAUAGUCAAAAUGUCCUCUAACACCAGACAAGAACUUUCUCACAGACUCUCGCCAUCCUGUUUAAUUUCUGAAUGCUGAUCUUUCCUCCAUCCUCAAACCAAGCCAACGCAUCAAGGCACGCUUUUGGGUUUUUCCAGUAACAAUUACAGAAGAUUUCUCUGUUGCCUGCCGUACCUCUCUGACUGACUGUGAUCAUUUGUUUAGAUGUUGGGAGGAUAGAGGGCUCUUUGUCUGGUUUUGGCCUUCAGCCUGGAAAAAAUUAAUCGCAGAGAAAGCUGAGAGGAAACGACGCAUACUUGACUCCAGGUAUUGUCCAAGUCGGUCACAUGAAGGCGAGUAUCCUGCUCAGAUUUCUCCUGGAUGGUUUGGGAAGCGGGUGCAGUAGCUGGAAAUAAAUACCACAUUUUGGAUCUGUUAGAAAUUUCAGUCAUCUUCUGCCUUUCUGUGCUGGAACAAUAUGUUUGUCAAGUAAUAUUAAAUAGCAUCGAGAAAAAUCUGGUGGCUCCAGCAGAGUGUUGUCCACCACAGGAAGGCUGUCCCUCUUCAGAGGGCUUUUCUCCAGGUUCCAGCCGAAGAAUCCAGUACAUCACAUGGAGCAUCUGGUCACUGAUGUGUUGCAUGUGUGUACCCUCCACAUUUCUGCUCCCUCCCUCUUUCCAUUUUCCCAGAAAUGAUAAAAGGUGUCAGAGGUGAGUGAGAAGGGGGAAAGGGUGUGAUUGCCUGGAAAAUAAUGAUGCAAUAACUGCGAAUGUCCUCUCCAAAAGCAUGUAACUGUGAUGACCACUUGUGGCUCACAAACCUGCUUAUAAAAGGGGAUUUGAAAGUCUAAAUGGAGUAACAAAUACAUAUGGGUGGAAAUGCGAUCUUUAGGACAAAGACCAAAAAAGAAAAAAAGCUUGUCUGGAAAAUUAUUAGAUUUCAGUUUCUUUCUGUGGUCAUUUGGUUCAGAUCAGGUUUACAGUUCUCUCCUAACUUCCAGAAAGAUUAUUUUUAAAAAGACAGUAAUACAGUUAACGGAGCACCAAGGCCCCCUAGUGGUGACAUAUUAUUAGGAAAAUGAGUCAAAACACAUCUGCAGCACAGAGGUGUUUGGUUCAAAUGAAGGGUCCUUUCUAUGUGGAGCUUCCUCCGACAGUCCCUGCAACACGCUGGUGUCCGGUCCAGGGUGUACUCUGCCUCUCUGUGACAGCUGAGACAGGCUUCA